AGCUUGCUGGGAUCUUAUUGAGGUCAAAGUUCAACUCAUUUGGUGUGCUCUAUUUAGAACUGUUUCGUGCUUAUUAUUUUAAUAGUGUUGAAAAGGACACACACACAUCAUUAGUAGGGGGAUGCCAAGAGGUCGGAAAGUAUUUAAGCCCAAGGGACGGGGGAAGCGCUACACCACACAGGAGGAGGUAGCUGAUGCUGAGGGAAAGAAACAGCGUGAUAAGGAAUGGAGACGUAAGAGAGGUGAAGAAGUGUCUGAUAGUGAUGAUGAGAGUGGGGAUGAUACAGAAGGGGCAGUGGUAGGAGCAGUGUCCCGUGGUGCCCCUGGAGACAUGCCCCCAUCCUCUAGUGAAGAAGAGGCUACCUCUGAGGAAGAUGAUGGAGAGGUCAAGGCAAAGGGUGUAGAGGGACUCAUACCAGUUGAGAACCCCAACAGAGUUGCUGCCAAGGCUAUCAAAGCUAAGAACGUUGAUGUCAACGCUCAAGUGACUCUGUCAAGACGAGAAAGAGAGGAAAUUGAGAAGCAAAGAGCAGCUGAAUCUUAUCGUAAGCUGCACGAGGCUGGUAAGACUGAUGAGGCACGACGGGAUCUUGCUAGACUGGCUAUUAUUCGACAGCAAAGAGAAGACGCUGCCAAACGCAGAGAAACUGACAGAAAAGCUGAAGAAGCUGCAGCAGCAGGGAAAAAAUGAACUCCUUCUUUGCUAUUAAUGUGUGUGGCAAUUCCUGUUAAAAUCAAUAAAAAUUACCGAAAUUAA